ACUGUCCAGAAGGAGAUGACCCCUAGUAAGAAGAGCCCUGUCCUUGUGGAUGGGGUUGUACUUAAUGGACCUCAAACUGAUGUGAAAGCCGGAGAAAAAUUUGUUGAAGAAGCCUGUAGGCUGGUAAUGGAAGAGGUGGUUUUGAAAGCUACGGACGUCAAUGAAAAGGUGUGUGAGUGGCAGCCCCCUGAGCAGCUGAGGCAACUCCUUGAUCUAGAGAUGAGGGACACAGGAGAGCCACAGGACAAGCUGCUGAAACUCUGCCAAGAUGUCAUCCACUUCAGCGUCAAAACCAACCAUCCGAGAUUUUUCAACCAGUUGUAUGCUGGCCUUGAUUACUACUCCUUGGCAGCCCGGAUUAUAACAGAGGCACUUAAUCCAAGCAUUUAUACGUAUGAGGUGUCCCCAGUGUUUCUGUUAGUGGAAGAGGCGGUUCUGAAGAAAAUGAUUGAAUUUGUUGGCUGGAAAGAAGGGGAUGGAAUAUUUAACCCAGGUGGCUCAGUGUCCAAUAUGUGUGCAAUGAAUUUAGCUAGAUAUAGAUAUUACCCUGAUGUUAAGGAGAAGGGCCUGUCUGGUUUGCCCCGAUUAAUCCUUUUCACAUCGGCAGAGUGUCAUUACUCCAUGAAGAAAGCGGCCUCCUUCCUUGGGAUUGGCACCCAGAAUGUGUACUUUGUGGAAACAGAUGGAAGAGGUAAAAUGAUACCUGAGGAGCUGGAGAAACGAAUCUGGCAAGCGAGAAAAGAGGGGGCAGUGCCAUUUCUUGUCUGUGCCACAUCUGGCACCACCGUGCUGGGUGCCUUCGACCCCCUGGAUGAGAUUGCUGAGGUCUGUGAGAGGCAUGCCCUCUGGCUCCACGUGGAUGCCUCCUGGGGUGGCUCAGCUUUGGUGUCAAGAAAGCACCGUCAACUCCUUCAUGGAAUCCACAGGGCUGACUCCGUGGCCUGGAACCCGCACAAGAUGCUGAUGGCUGGAAUCCAGUGCUCUGCUCUACUCAUCAAGGACAAAUCUGAUCUUCUUAAGAAGUGCUACUCUGCCAAAGCGACCUACCUAUUCCAGCAGGAUAAAUUCUAUGACAUCAGCUACGACACAGGAGACAAAUCCAUCCAGUGUAGCAGGAGACCUGAUGCAUUCAAGUUCUGGAUGACCUGGAAGGCCCUGGGCACAUUAGGAUUGGAGGAAAGGGUUAAUCGUGCCUUUGCUCUAUCUAGGUACCUGGUAGAUGAAAUAAAGAAAAGAGAAGGAUUCAAGUUACUGAUGGAACCUGAAUACACCAAUGUUUGCUUUUGGUACAUUCCACCGAGUCUCAGAGAGAUGGAAGAGGGACCAGAGUUCUGGAAAAAGCUUAGCUUGGUGGCCCCAGCCAUUAAGGAGAAAAUGAUGAAGAAGGGCAGUGUCAUGCUGGGCUACCAGCCCCACCGAGGGAAGGUCAACUUCUUCCGCCAAGUGGUCAUCAGCCCUCAAGUGAGCCGGGAAGACAUGGACUUCCUGCUAGACGAGAUAGACAGCUUGGGGAGGGAUAUGUAGCCAUGGCUUUUAUUCCCCCAGAGGCACCAAUCCUGUCCUGGGGAGGGACACAGAUCCAGUGCAUCUGGAGACACACUAGGUAGAUGACAAUCCUUCUGGUGAGGUUAGCAAACAUUCCCACUCCCACCAGAAAGUCAAGAAAAUAGUCCUAAGGGUUCUUUGGCUGCCAGCUGCUACUGGUUAUAGAAUGGAGGAAGUAGAAGUAAUAAAAAAUAAUUCCCUCAAAUGUUAUCCUUGGGAACAACCCUGAGAAGACUUUAGUCAGUGCCGUGUGGAGGGACAUUGGAUUGUAAGGGCUCCCAUUGUUCUUUAAAGAGCAUAGAAACACAUAGCUAGGAGCUUACAGCAAUGAACCUCACAGUGCAGCCCCCGUGCCACCAGCAAGAGUGUCACCGAGGAACUCCCUAAAAAUUCACACUCCCUAGCCUUACCCACACCAUCGGAACCAGAAACUCUGCUUCUAGCAUCCCAAGUUUUAGUGAACCCAGUCGGUGAGUCUUAUGCACAGUAAAAAUCUGAGAAACAAUGGUCUAAGGAAAACCUUUACCCAUGCUUUGCCAGAAAAAGGACAUGUAAUAUUUCAGUUGUCCCUUAGCCAGGAUUUGAAGAAUACAACUGUGGUGUUUGUACUACAAAUGUUCAGGGUGCCUGAAACAUAUCAAAGACACACAUACACACA